UGAAACUUCAAGUCUUGACAGAAGGAUGUUCCGGGGCCCAAAUUAGUGAACCAGAAAAUCAAGCUAAAAAAUUGACAUUUGAAUUUGAAGAUGAUAAUAAUUGGCAUGUAAUGAAGGUUAAACUAAACAUCUCUUCCCUGGGACAGUGCAAAACAUACAGUUUCAACUUAAAUCGAGAGGAUCAAAAUUUAGGCAAAAUGAAUGAGAUUGAAGACGCAGGUGAGACAUUUUUGUUGGAUGAUAAUAAUGAUGGAUGUCAUCAUCCAGCCGAUUGUUCGGAUAUCCCUCCUGUUAAUCCUGAAGAGAGAUGUAGAAACGCUCCAUACGAUGAUCAGACGUGCAGCGAAGAGGAGAACAGAAGCACAUACAUCAUGUAUUUAAACAACACUCAAUGGACAUGUGUGACCUGCAAAAACAGUGGAACCAAUCACUGUUCUGAAGAUAAUGAAAUCAACUCUGAGGAAUAUGUUUUUGAGCAACAUGACAUUAACAUAAAUAUACCUCAAGUUGGCUUAGAGGACGAGGAUGGAGAUGUUGAUUCCUCAAAAGCAUCAGACGUCUUGGAUCAUUUGGAUACUGUAAUAGAGGAGAUGGAAAAAAACAAUACAAUGGAUGUAGGGCUUGUCGUAGGAAAUGCUGUUGGUUUUCUCCAAAUACAAGCCAAUAACACAGAAAUCAAAGACAAAUGCUACUCUUCAUAUCAGAACAUCAUCAACGUGGUUAAUUGUCAAAAUAUCCAGAGUAGAAAUUUUUCCUGGUCUGUAAAGAUUUCCAAGGAGGCCUUUAAUAAAUCACGUUUGGAAAACAACGGAAAUGCGUAUCUUGGAGUUCUACGGUUCAAUAAUAUGGGAGACAAGAAUCAAACUUUGAACAACGAGGUUUAUGGAAUAACGAUGAGUGCCAAUAUCUCCAACCUUACCAACAAUAUUGAAAUGGUCUUUAAACAUAAAGAUCUGGUCAGGAAUGCGUCCUGCAAAUCUUGGGAUGGCAAAGGAAAUCUAACAUGGACGACAUCCGGCUGUGAAACAGUAAAAAUCGAUAACACCACCAUAAAGUGCUCGUGUUCACAUCUGACGUUCUUCGCAGUGCUGAUGUCUCCUCCAGGUGAAAAUCAAAACAGCACAGCGGAGUCUGUGAAAUCAUUGAGCUUCAUCACUUCUAUCGGCUGUGGCAUCUCCAUGUUUUUUCUGUCCGUCGCUCUGUUCAUGCAUUUCCUAUUACGGAAAGCCAAAUCAAACCAGGCCACAAAGAUCUUGAUGAACAUGUUUGUGGCUUUGUUUCUCCUGAAUCUAUCCUUUUUGUCAAACGAGAGCGUGGCCAACACAGAAGACAAGGCUGCGUGCGUCUUCAUAGCGCUGCUCAUGCAUUACUCAAUGCUGGCUACAUUCACCUGGUUCUUCAUUCAAGCUCUUCAUAUGUACUUAUGGCUCAUCAGACAGAACAUCACCAUCACAAACUACAUGAGGAAGAUCACCGUGGUCGGCUGGACGUUUCCAGCCCCGAUAGUCAUAGCUGUUGUUUCAAUAGGAGGAUAUAAAACACGGGUCAUAAACACAACGUCUGGAAAAAACAUACGAAUGUGCUGGAUUACGGACCCUUUAAUUCACUACAUAGUGAACAUUGGCUACUACGCUCUAGUCUUCAUGUUCACGGCAGGAAUCUUCAUCAUGAUCGUCACUAAGAUUGUCCAAUCCCGACGCAUAAGAGCACCUGACGGCAAGAGAAAGACGUUCAGAAAGCAGCUGAUGAUGGUGUUGAGUUUGUUCCUGCUCUUCGGCCUGACGUGGGCUGUGGCGUUCUUCAGUUAUGGACCGAUGCUCAUCCCCUCAUACUACAUCUUCACCGUGUUGAACUCGUUUCAGGGUUUUUUCCUCUUCCUGUAUUACUACCACAUUCACAAAGACAUAGAAGGCCAUUUCUCUGAUGAUCCAGAAAGCGCCGGCUCCACCACAACCAUCGUUCAAUCCAGAGAUAAUGCAGUGGAAAAUGUUUAUGAGCCUAAUUAAGAGAGCAAGUCAAAAGUAGAAGGUCAGAAUACUAGUCGUGUUUAAUAAUAAUCUCUGAAAUGUUCUACGGUGAGGGGGUGUAAUGACUGAUGGGAUCAUAAAUGGGAUCUUUAGCUUUUAAGACAUUUCAAACACAAGUUAAUUUAACAAAUAUAUGAACAUAGUCACUGAAAGCUACUUUAAGUUGUAAUUUUUCUCGUAUUGUAAAUUCAGGGUAACUGUAACCUAGUUAUGAAAUAUAUUGUUUGACUGACUUUUGAAUGUUUAAAUUGUGCAAUGAUCAUUAUUUUAUUUGAUGUAGUUGUAAAGAUGUUAUGUAAAAAUUAUUUUGUUUCAAAUAAUUAUAAUGCAGUUUUCAUCUAGACUUUGAAGGCUAAACAAAAGUGAAAAUUAUAUUGUUUCUACAGUGCACUAAUAUGAUAAUUUUUAUUAAC